AUGGCGAAAACAAAGCCCUCAAAUCGUGCCGGCGAUGCGAAGAAGAAAUCAAAAUCUGGCGACUCGAAAAAGUCAAAAGCCUCGGCAGAAGAGCUCCUCACACAAGCCGCGAUUCUUCUACAGACCUCACAGCCAGACGAAGCUCUCGUCGCUGCAAGACGAGCGCUCAACAUCCUACAGCCUAGCUCGAAACCAACAACAGCGGCGCUUCCUGCGCUCAACCUUCUCGGCGAGAUCAACAUCGAACUGGGCGACCCAGACUCCGCGCGCGAAGCUUUCCAGGUCGCUAUACUACUUGACCCCGAGGGCGCAAACGAUGGCGCAGAGAAGUUUCUCUGGCUAGCACAGUUGAACGAAGAGGGUGGCGCUGAAUCAGUAAAGUGGUUCGAAAAGGGAAUUGAGGUUCUGAGGCGAGAGAUUGAAGAGUUGAACGGCAAGUUGGUCAAGAAGGCAGAGAUCAAGGAUCUGCUGGAAGAGAAGAACAUGAAGAUUGCAUCUGCGCUGUGUGGAAUUGCAGAAGUCUACAUGACAGACUUGUCUUGGGAAGCAGAUGCGGAGGCGCGAUGCGAGGCGGCAGUCACCGAAGCGCUCAUGGCUGCGCCAAACAACGCAGAGCCUCUUCAGACAUUGGCUAACAUAAGGAUCUCACAGCUCAGGAAGGACGAUGCCCAAGCAGCGCUCAAGAGAAGCAUAGAGCUGUGGAAAGACCUGGAGCCGGACGACCCUAAGAUCCCCAACUUCCCGACAAUGAUCAACUUGUCACGCCUGUUAAUGGAGGCUGAGAUGGAAGAGGAGGCCCUUGAGAUUCUCGAACGAUUGAUCAAUGAGAACGACGAGAGUGUGGAGGCGUGGUACUUGGGUGGUUGGUGCCUGCACCUACUGGCUGGCAAGCAGAAAGCAAAGGGUGGGGAGCUCGAGAAGACGGUACCCUCGCUGCUGAAGGCUAGUCGCGAGUGGCUCGAUAGGUGCAUUCAGUUGUACGGCAUAUUGGAGUACGAGGACGAGAGGCUGAAGGAGCACGCUGAAGAGCUACUCAAGGAGCUGAACGAUGUCCUGGGCCCGGCGGUUGAAGGCGAGGAAGAUGAGUGGUCAGACGACGAGGAAGGCGAGGACGACGAUGAGGAGAUGGAGGGCGUAUGA